AUGGAGGAUGAAAAAGUAGUGUCAAUGAAACAGUACUCAAAUGAGGAAGUAGAUGAUGAUGGAAGAAUAAAGAGAACUGGGAAUGUGUUGACGGCAACAACACACAUUAUAACAGUGGUAGUGGGCGCAGGAGUGUUGGCUCUAGCAUGGGCAAUUGCUCAACUUGGAUGGAUAUUUGGCAUUGCCGUUAUGAUCAUGUUUUCAUCUAUUUCCAUUUACACUUACAAUCUUAUAGCUGAUUGUUAUAGAUAUCCAGAUCCAGUUAACGGCAAAAGAAACUAUACUUACAUGCAAGCUGUGCAUGCAUAUCUAGGUGGAAAAAUGUACGUGUUUUGUGGAUUGAUCCAGUAUGGAAAACUUGUAGGUGUUACAGUGGGAUAUACUAUAACUUCCUCCACAAGCAUGGUAGCUAUAAAGAAAUUAAUUUGCUUCCACAAAAAUGGACAUGAAGCAUAUUGCAAGUUUUCAAAUAAUCCUUAUAUAAUUGGUUUUGGGAUCGUUCAGAUUUUACUGUCUCAGAUCCCAAAUUUCCAUAAGUUAACAUUUCUAUCAACUCUUGCUGCUAUUACUUCUUUUGCCUAUGCAUUCAUUGGAAGUGGACUCUCUUUGGGCGUUGUGCUAUCAGGGAACGGAGAACCAACAAGUUGGUUUGGUAUCAAAGUAGGACCAGAAUUAUCAAGAGAAGAUAAAGUCUGGAAGAUUUUAACUGCUUUGGGAAACAUUGCACUAGCAUGCACUUAUUCUACCGUUGUUUAUGAUAUAAUGGACACAUUAAGGUCAUAUCCAUCAGAAAGCAAGCAAAUGAAAAAGGCUAAUGCGUUUGGGAUAACAACAAUGACGAUACUUUUUCUGCUAUGUGCUUCACUUGGUUAUGCUGCAUUUGGUGAUCACACCCCAGGAAACAUUCUCACUGGUUUUGGGUUCUAUGAGCCCUUCUGGUUGGUUUCCUUAGGAAAUGUUUGCAUUAUAAUUCACAUGGUGGGAGCAUAUCAGGUGUUAGCUCAACCAAUAUUUCGUAUAGUUGAGAUGGGGGCUAAUAUGAAGUGGCCAUGUUCAACUUUUAUAAAUAAGGAAUACCCAAACAAAAUUGGAUCCUUAAAAUUCAACGUCAACUUGUUUAGGAUAAUAUGGAGGACAAUAUUUGUGAUAUUGGCCACAGUUAUGGCCAUGGCAAUGCCAUUUUUCAACGAGUUUCUUUCUUUGCUUGGAGCAUUUGGAUUUUGGCCACUCGUCAUCUUCUUUCCAGUACAAAUGCACAUAUCUCAGAAACAGAUCAACAAAUUUUCAUUCAAGUGGUGUGUGCUCCAAUUAUUGAGUUUUGUGUGUUUUGUGAUUUCAGCAAGUGCUGGAAUUGGUGCCAUUCAUGGAAUUAGCAAGAAUAUCAAAAAAUAUAAACUCUUCAUGUAUAAACAGUAA